GUUGUUUUCUUCCCCCAUUCGUCUGAUUGAAAAUUGUUUUGUGUUAAUAAUACAUAGUCGAGUUUUUUCUGCCUUUGUUUUUCAUACAGGCACGAUUUCGACAAAGAGAAUUACUGAAAUAAAUGAGUCAUUUCUGUGGCUAUUAUCAGCUUAAUACAGUUUCUGAAAUACUUUCAUUUUAUUUAAAGUAUAAAGCAAAAGUUCAUAAGAGCACAGUUGUUUAUAGGCAACAGUAAACUGCAUACACAUAUAAAAAUGUCACUAGUUUCCGAUCAAGAAUGGGAGGAGUAUAAGUCAAAGUUCAAUAAAGUUUAUUCUGAUGAUGCUGAGGAUAAAUUGCGCCGUGAACGGUACAUUAAAUCCAAGCAAAUGGUGGAAGAACAUAACAAAAAAUACGAGAAUGGCGAAGUUACAUGGAAAAUGGGUAUAAACCACUUAUCCGAUUUAACAGAAGAGGAGUAUUCGGUGCGUUGCGGUAAGAAGGUGACGCCACCCACAUCCUCUUGAGUAUUAAUUAUAUAUGUAUGUAUUUUUUUAUCACUUCGAAUAUUUGUCAUAAAACGGAUUUUAUAUGUAUGCUCUAAAAUGUGUUUUGUAGCCUUCUUUAUUGUAAAAUGUUAAAAAUAUUAAACCAUUGACAAACAAA